AUGUGUGGGAUCUUGUGCUGUAUAAGCCGAGAGCCACCUUCUAUUCCCAAGUACUUUGAACAGAAUAUUCGAAAUUUUGACGAUAAUAUAGUGGUGUGGGAUUCACAAGAUGAGGCAUUCAUUCAGAAGUUGAUUGACAUUGAUCUCAAACAAACUGAAACCUUGAGUCUGGAAGAUCAGCAUAAAAUUAAUAACUUAGACAAGCUUAGAAUUUGCAAUGCCAGACUAAACCAGAUUAAGAAUACCAUAGGUAAAUCUGAGAGCCACAACAGUGAGUUGGCUGAAGCAAAGAGUAAAAUUGAACUUGAGAUGAAGCUGUUGGCUUUGGUUGAUCAUAUCGAUAAAAAUGAGAUGGCUAAUCUUCCACCUAGGGAAAUUGGAGUUGGAUUAUUCACAUCAUUAGUUCCUGUUAUCGCAAGUCGGGGUCCCAAUUACCUUAAAUAUAUAUCCUUUCAUAUAGAAGAGGCUAAGACAUGGGUGGAGCAGUUCUCAUCGGUGCUAUCGUUGAGACAACCUUUUGUCCAACAGCCUGUUCAAGUCGAGAACGAGCAAAUUUCAAUCCAAUUUAAUGGAGAAUUAUAUAAUCAAGAAUGCCUUGACUCUAAUGAUUCUAAGUUCAUUGGCGAUAAGAUCAUUAGCAACAUUGGGAAUUUUGGUCAAGGAAAUAGAGAAAAGGCAAUUGUGGAAACGAUAGCUGAAUUGGAAGGUGAGUUCGCGUAUGCCAUUGUAGAUAAAGCAAAGCAAAGGUGCUACUUUGGUAGAGACUAUGUAGGUAAAAGAUCAUUGGUGUAUUCGCUCAAGGAGAGUAGCGGGCUUGUUAUCAGCUCUGUCACCAAUGGUAAGAAUGAAAACAACUGGGAAGAGUGCAAGGCCGAGGUUGUAUACAUGUACGAUUUCGAGAGUUGCAAAUUAGAUUCUUAUGAAAUGGCAUUGAAAGGAGCAAGACAUCCAAAGCCAAUAUGCAAUCUGGCUUUGAACAAAUUAAAAGGCAUUGAAGUUCUGAAUAGGAUUUCAAAGUUCAAGGAAGUAUUUUUUGAAGCUUGUAAAGUCCGUGUUGACACCAUCCAUCCUAUUCACGAGGAUAACCCUCACAUAACCAAUUUGGGGAUAUUAUUCUCUGGUGGAUUAGACUGUACUGUAAUUGCUGGAACAGUGGGACAACUUUUCCUGGAAAUGUCGCUGCUUCUGGAUAAGACAGUUUUAAUAGAUUUAUUAACUGUGGGCUUUGACAACCCAAGAACUGAAGUUCUGGCAUCAGGUUCUCCAGAUAGGAAGUUGGCAAAGAAAUCGUGGUUAGAGUUGGCAAAUAAAUUUAACAAGGACUCCCGAAUCUCAUUCAGGUUGGUUGAAGUAGAUGUAAACUAUGAAGAAUGGCUAAGGCAUAAGUCAAGAGUUGAGCGAUUAAUGUAUCCAUGUGAUACCGAAAUGGAUUUAUCGAUUGCAAUUGCGUUUUAUUUCGCCAGUAGAGCUUCCAACGGCGUUAAGCUUACGUUGAAUCUAUCCACUUGCGAAAUUGAGACACAAGCAAAUUAUACUUCUAAAGCCAAGGUGUUACUUUCAGGGUUGGGAGCCGAUGAGCUCUUUGCCGGCUAUCUGAGACAUGAAAGGGUAUUCAAUGAUUUAAAGCCUGAUUCAGGUAGCGAUGUUCUUGAAAAGGCAUAUUCAGAUCUUGCAAAUGAACUUACAAAUGACAUUAAAGUAAUAUAUAAAAGAAAUCUUGGAAGAGAUGAUAGAGUGAUUGCGCUGUGGGGAAAGGAAUUGAGAUACCCAUUUCUUGAAGAAAAAGUUAUCAAUUAUGUAGUGCAACAAGUAGAGCUUGAUUUGAAGUUUAACCAUCUGUGGGAGACUACCACAAACAAAAAAGGAAAGGUAUCCACAAGGCUAAAGCCUGUGAGAAAGUGGAUCCUCAGAGAAUAUGCCGAAACGUUAGGAUUAACUGGAGUCAAGAAUGAGUUAAAGAGGGCUAUCCAAUUUGGUGCAAAGAGUGCAAAGAUGGAAAUUGGUCAAGGGAAAACAAAGGGAACAGACCAACUAUGA